GAGCAUCCACAAUCGUCGUCGUUGCAAACGAUUGGCGGAAAUGACACAUGCCAAAGUGUUUGGCAGAGAUGGCGACAACGACAACAAGAUCUUCACUCACCGAUUACGACGGAUACCGAGAGUGAUAGCGACAGUGAUAAGGAUGAUAAUGAGAUAUGUUGUGUCGAAAAAGGUUGUGGUCAAAUCUUCGCGGACGUUUGUGCAUACGAAGAGCAUUAUGAGCGUGAGCAUCGACAUCAGUGUGGUGUGUGUGGACGGAAGUUUUUGACAGAGCGUUGUUUGGAAAUUCACGCUGACGAAACGCAUAGUUGGUUGUUUCAAGCGCAGUUGCAUGCAAAUUUCCAGAAGAAUGAAGCGAUAGCAUUGUAUCGAUGCUUUGAUUCGGCUUGUUCGAAGGCAUUCGUGAAUAGCGAUGAGCGAUCGUUGCAUUCACUGAAAGAACACUUCAUUGAGGAUGGUGGUGCGAUAGAAUCGCAAAAGCGAAAAGCAGCAAGAAAAGCACCAUCUGAACAGAAUGCUAGCAAAGGAUCGCAGCUGUGUGCAGAAAUUGGUGAGGCUUUGGAUGAAAUAAAGAUGUCGCCUUCAUCAGCGAUAUCCUCGAAGGAUCAUGUGACCGCAAGG